UUUUUUCAGAGUAGUUUGCUUGUCACGCCAUAUAUAUCUUGGUUUAGUUUAGCCUUAAUCUAUAGGUGCAUUUUAGCUACCAAUCUUCCAACCAUUCUUCUUCCAAUUUUGCAAUGGCAUGGUCUCCAACCAAUCUCUCGGCAUCUUCUUCUUCGUCUUCUUCCUCCCAUCAAUGGAAGUAUGAUGUCUUUCUUAGUUUCAGAGGUGAAGACACCCGCAAAAGCUUUACCGACCAUCUUCACCGGGAGCUCCGUCGAAAAUGGAUCAAGACUUUCAGAGAUGACCAACUCAGGAGAGGCGAACAGAUAUCUCCAGCACUUCUCAAGGCAAUCGAAGAGUCAAGGUUUUCCAUCAUCAUUUUCUCAAAAAACUAUGCUUCUUCAAGUUGGUGUUUGGAUGAACUCACAAAGAUUCUUGACUGCGUCGAAGUGAUGGGACAUACAGCUAUACCGGUUUUUUAUAACGUGGAUCCCUCUCAUGUAAGAAAACAAACCGAGAGUUUUGCAGAAGCAUUUGCCAAACAUGACCAUAUUUACGGGGACAAGUCGGAGAAAGUGCUCAAGUGGAGAAAAGCUUUAACUGUGGCAUCCGGACUGUCUGGGUAUGAUUCACGAGAUAGACAUGAAACUGAGGUUAUCGAUGAGGUCGUUACCAUGAUUUUUAAUAAAUUGAUUGAUGCAUCCUCAAGCAACAUGGAGGGUCUUGUUGGGAUGGGUUCUCGCUUACAGGACAUGGCUCAAUUAUUAGAUAUUGGGUCAGUUGAUGUUCGAAUGGUAGGAAUUUGGGGCAUGGCUGGCAUUGGUAAGAGUACUAUUGCUUAUCAAGUGUAUAACAAAAUCUAUGCUCAAUUUGAUGAAGGUUAUUGCUUUCUUCCAAAUGUUAGAGAAGAAUCUCAGAGGCAUGGUCUAGCUUAUUUACAAGAAGAACUCCUUUCACAAAUUUCAGGUGGAAAUCUAAAUAAAGGAAAUUUCAACAGGGGAAUCAAUUUUAUAAAAGAAAGGCUUCACUCUAGGAAGGUCCUUAUUGUUCUUGAUGAUGUGGAUAUGUAUGAGCAGUUGGAGGUUUUAGCAGGAAAUCAUGACUGGUUUGGUGCAGGAAGUCGAAUUAUCAUAACAACCAAAGAUAAAACUUUGCUAAAUAUGCAUGGAGUGGAUGCAAUUUACAAUGUUGAGGGAUUAAAAUACAAUGAAGCUCUUAAGCUCUUUUGUUGGUGUGCCUUUAAACAUGACCUUCCGACAGCAGAUUACAUGCAGCUAUGCAAGAACUUUGUAAAAUAUAUUGAAGGCCUUCCAUUAGCCAUUAAAGUGUUGGGUUCUUUUGUAAAAAAUAAAACCAUAGAUGAAUGGAAGAGUGCAUUGGAUAAACUCAAAAGAAUUCCACACAAAGAUGUUCAGAAGGUGCUAAGAAUAAGUUUUGAUGGAUUAGACGAUAAUCAGAAGGAUAUAUUUUUAGAUAUUGCAUGCUUCUUUAAAGGGCAAGACAAAGAUUUUGUUGCAAAAAUACUAGAAAGUUGUGAUUUCUUUCCAGCUAAUGACAUAAGGGUUCUUGAAGAAAAUUCUCUUAUUCUUGUCUCAAAUAAUAAGUUAUGUAUGCAUAAUCUAUUACAAGAAAUGGGCUGGGAAAUUGUUCGGCAAGAAAAUGUUAAAUACCCUGGCAAACGUAGCAGGUUGUGGUUUCAUGAUGAAGUAAAUCAUGUGCUAACAACAAAUACGGGGACUGAAGCAGUUGAAGGCCUAGUCCUCGAUUUGUCUGCUUCGAAAGAGCUACACUUCAGUGCUGGUGCCUUUACAGAGAUGAACAGAUUAAGAGUGCUCCGAUUCUAUAAUGUGAAAAUGAAUGGAAGCUUGGAAUAUUUAUCUGAAAAAGAGUUAUUUGAUACUACUUAUCAUCCUUGGAGAUGGAGAGCCCAUGAGAUACAAAGAGCUGAUGAGAUGCAAACUGAUUGUAAAUUGCAUUUAUCUGGAGAUUUAAAAUUUCUAUCCAACAACUUAAGAUCUCUCUAUUGGCAUGAAUACCCUUUGAAGUCCCUUCCAUCAAAUUUUCAUCCAAAGAAGCUUGUUGAGCUAAAUAUGUGCUCUAGUCGGCUUGAACAACUAUGGAAAGGAGACAAGUCAUUUGAGAAGUUGAAGUUCAUCAAACUUAGCCACUCUCAAUAUCUAACCAGAACCCCAGACUUCUCUGGAGCCCCAAACCUUGAGAGGCUAAUUCUCGAAGGUUGUACAAGUAUGGUCAAGGUUCACCCAUCCAUUGGAGCUCUCCAGAAGCUUAUUUUCCUGAAUUUAGAAGGCUGCAAGAACCUCAAGAGUUUUGCAAGCAGCAUCCAUAUGAAUUCUCUUCAAAUUCUUACUCUCUCUGGCUGCUCAAAACUCAAGAAGUUUCCAGAGAUGCUGGAAAAUAUGAAGAGUUUGAGACAGCUUUUGCUUGAUGAGACUGCCCUACGAGAACUACCUUCAUCGAUUGGACGCCUAAAUGGGCUUGUUUUGUUGAAUUUGACGAAUUGUAAAAAACUUGUGAGUCUUCCACAAAGCCUUUGCAAGCUGACGUCUCUUCAGAUUCUUACUCUGGCUGGUUGCUCAGAACUGAAGAAGUUGCCAGAUGAGUUGGGUAGCCUACGAUGUUUAGUAAAUCUGAAUGCAGAUGGAAGUGGUAUACAAGAGGUUCCACCCUCUAUUACUCUUUUGACAAACCUUCAGGUAUUAUCAUUGGCAGGAUGUAAGAAAAGGAAUGUGGUUUUCUCUUUAUGGUCAUCACCAACAGUAUGUUUGCAACUGCGUUCUUUGUUGAAUUUAUCCUCCGUGAAAACUUUGUCCUUAAGUGACUGCAACCUAUCGGAAGGAGCACUGCCCAGUGAUCUUAGCUCCCUAUCGUCGUUGGAAAGUUUAGAUCUGAGCAAAAACAAUUUCAUUACCAUACCUGCCAGCCUCAAUAGACUUUCUCAGCUCUUGUACCUCUCCCUGUCGCACUGCAAGAGUCUUCAAUCAGUGCCAGAGCUUCCAUCAACCAUUCAAAAAGUAUAUGCCGAUCAUUGCCCUUCCCUGGAAACCUUUUCAUUAAGUGCAUGUGCAUCCAGAAAGUUGAACCAAUUGAACUUCACAUUUUCUGAUUGCUUCCGACUAGUGGAGAAUGAGCACAGCGACACUGUGGGAGCUAUCCUACAGGGGAUUCAGCUUGCUUCAUCAAUACCGAAAUUUGUGGAUGCAAAUAAGGGUUCCCCUGUUCCAUAUAAUGACUUCCAUGUUAUUGUUCCUGGAAGUAGCAUUCCAGAGUGGUUCAUCCAUCAGAAUAUGGGGUCUUCAGUAACUGUAGAGCUGCCUCCACAUUGGUACAAUGCCAAGUUGAUGGGAUUGGCUGUUUGUGCUGUUUUCCACGCAGACCCCAUUGAUUGGGGUUAUUUACAAUAUUCUCUGUAUCGUGGAGAGCACAAAUAUGAUUCAUACAUGCUUCAAACGUGGAGUCCAAUGAAAGGUGACCACGUGUGGUUUGGGUAUCAAUCACUUGUUGGACAGGAGGAUGACCGCAUGUGGUUCGGGGAGCGGAGCGGCACUCUGAAGAUUUUGUUUUCUGGACAUUGCAUAAAGUCGUGUAUAGUAUGUGUGCAGCCUGAAGUAGUGGUGAAAAAGUGUGGGGUUCGUCUAGCAUAUGAGCAAGGGGAUAAAGAUGGAGAGUGCAGCUUUCCUUAUGGCACCAUCUGGCUUGGAGAAGGGCAUGAAUCUGAAAGCCCUCUGCCCAUAACCAAACACCCAGUACAUCACUUGUGCUAACGCAAUUUCAAUGAAAGGUUUGAAGGUGGUUCUCCUUGAAGAAGCUUGUUGGAGCUUUUGAUAUACCACCCUUUCUCAGCUGAUCUCUAACACAUAAUUGUCUCACUCAAAUAAGUGAUAUAGAAAAGAUAUGUUAAACAUAUUCACCAUCCAAUUGAGAUCUAACAAGCUAAACCCAAAAAUCAUUUCUCUCUAUAGCUCCUAAAAGUUUCCUUUUUUCCUUUCUACCAUAGGAUUUUGGAUGUAGGAGGCUCAACUAUUACAAGUCGUCUUGAUAGUUUAAAAGCGAAAUAUCUCAGUUAGCAGUAUGAUUUAUCUAACAUUUUUAGAAAUUAUGCAUCCAUGCGCACACACGUAUAUAUAUAUUAUUAGAAAUUUUUAUCUGAAUGUUAAUUAGAGCUCAUUUCAAAUGACAAAUGACUUUAAAAAUUGUAUAUGUUUUUUUGAUAGGGUAUACCAAAUGUUAUUUCAAUGGGAUGUUGAGUUGAAUUAAUGUUUUGACAUGUGUUUAUUCUUGGGUUUAUUAACACAAAUAUGGCUUUGAAAUGUACCAUGGUUUAACUCAAUAUUGAUUUCUACUGGAGUGCUGAUGAUUCCAAGUUGACCAAUUCAUUUACUUCAAUGUCUAGAUACUAAUUUUCUGAUGUUAAGUUGAUGACACUGGUGUAUGUAGAUUAUUAUAUAAUGUGGGGUUUCGGUUUCACAAUGCAUGUUAUAUGCCUUUUAGGCUCGACCAUCGUUGGCGCACUCCUUAAUCACACUUUUAUAUCAUGACUUAUAUGUAGAUUGUAUAAUGGUCAUAAUAUUUAUGAAAUUACGUCACAUUUUUUUCUUCUUCUAAUUGUCAUUAGAUUUUAAGGGGUUACCACAAAAUCGUUUUGAGUUUUAGUUAUGUAUCUUGUUCAGAUGUGUUCUAAUAGGCAAUUUCCAUGGACUCAUCAUAAUAAUUGCAAAGACCUCAUUGUGAAAAAACUCAAAAAGUAUUCAGAAUCUUUACUAUUUCUAAGGUACAGGUUUGAAAAACAAACUUGAUUAGCUUGUAGCAUUGCUAUAGUCAUAUUUUACUCUAGAUAGAGAUUGAAAAUGUUUAGUCUGUUAGUUUUGAUAUAGCACCAUACCCUUUUAGAAUUGUUUAGAGCCUUCCAUUUUGAAUGCAAGUGAUAAAGUCAUGUUGAUUUUCUUAUGUAUGUGUUUGGCCUUGCCUU